AUGUUCAAAACUGUAGUAUUGGCAUCAAUACUCUUAAGCUUCAAGCUUACCUCCGCUACUGUCUUAGAACUUGCAUGUGAACAGAGUUUAGAUGCCAAUGAGUGCAUCAUUGAUGGCAUUCAGCUUCAAAAUUCAACAUCACAACUUGAAAUGUCAUUUAAUCGUUCCAAAAAUGGCAAAUUAAGCUUGAAAAACUUUGUCAGCAUUAAAAGUAAUCAGUUUUUGGAUCAAACUACACCAACAGACCUGACUAUCAUCAAUUCAACAUUAACGAUGGUUCCAAGAAAUGAUUCAGACCAAGAUAAAGUCAAACAACUUUGUAUUAAAAAUUCAACAGUUUUGCUGCUUGAAAAUGGACUCAAAAGCUUUAAAAAGCUGAAAAUUUUGAACUUUGAAGCUGUCAAGAUUGAAGAAGUUUCAAAUGAAGCAUUCGCUGGACUAAAGGAUGUAACACACAUUGGACUUCUUAAUGUAAGCAUGACAAAUGAGUUGGAAGCUGCAAUUCAACAAAUUCAAGGUGUAAGCAGCUUAACCUGUAAUCGCUGCAGCAUCGACGAUCAAAUGUUUCAGAAGCUUUUGAAUGGUUUUAAAACAGUCGACAUAAUUCAUGUCAUUGCUAAUUCCAUAAAAAGCAUAAAAUGUGACAAAAUUGUAAAAAGUCAAUUAUCAGAAUUGAGUGUCAGUGAGAAUCAAGUAAGUGGACUAUUUCCAACUUGUAAACUUCCGGUUGUGGAUGCAUCUAAAAAUCAGAUCAAGACACUUUUCAUACAUUCCGGGACGAAGUCAAUUGAUGCAUCGAUGAACUUAAUAAAGGAUGUAAAGUGCGAUGUUUUAAUCGAUUUAUUUACACUAAAUUUAAAUGACAAUUUACUUACGCAACUGAUGUGCAUAUCAUCAAUAGCUACAUUGGAACAGCUUUACAUCAAUGGAAAUAAGAUUCGAUUUUUUAAGCUCAACACAUUUCAAAAACUGACAAACUUAAAAGUCAUUUCAGCCAUGAAUAAUCCAAUAUAUUAUUACCAGCCGAAUUUAUUUUCUUCAUUUCCCAGAAACGCCAUAACUCAAAUUAGUGUUGAUAGGUUUGAUUUUGGAUAUGAAGAUUUAAAACAAUUUUACCCAAAAUUAACUGAAGUUUUUCAUGAAAAAUUAAAUAGAACUUGUGAUGCUUACUAUAAGAUUUUAGAGAUAUUAAAGGAUCAAAAUAUUAAUUUGUACUUUUUUGAACUUCCAAACUGUGAAGUUAAAAAGGAUUCAAUUAUUACUUAA